AUGGAAGGAGGGCCGGAGGCAGCGAGUAAGCAAGAGUUCACAGAAUUCUGGAAAAGAGCAACAAGUUCGCCUUACAUCAUGCGCCUUGCUCUAUCGGCCGGAAUUGGAGGUCUCCUCUUCGGCUACGAUACCGGUGUUAUCUCAGGAGCUUUGCUUUACAUUCGCGAGGACUUUGUAGAAGUUGAUAAGAAACUAUGGUUGCAGGAAGUCAUUGUAAGUAUGGCUGUAGCGGGAGCCAUCAUUGGUGCUGCACUUGGUGGAUGGAUGAACGACAUGCUCGGCCGUAAGACCUCUAUUUUGGGGGCUGAUAUUGUUUUCUUUCUUGGCGCAAUAGUCAUGGCUAUUGCCCCUGCUCCUUGGGUCCUCGUCGUUGGAAGAAUUUUGGUUGGUUUUGGAGUUGGCAUAGCUUCCAUGACUUCCCCUCUCUAUAUCUCAGAAGCCUCUCCAGCUGCCAUUAGAGGAGCUAUCGUUUGUAUCAAUGGUCUCCUCAUCACCUUUGGCCAGUUCCUCUCCUACCUUAUCAAUCUCGCAUUCACCAAGGUAUAUAUAUAUCUACUCGGAUAAUAACUAAAAAAAUUAGAUAAUUUAACAUAUUUAACUAAACUAUUUAACAUAAUAUACAGACUCCUGGAACGUGGCGUUGGAUGCUUGGGGUGGCCGGACUUCCGGCGGUGGUUCAAUUCGUUUUAAUGCUGACCCUUCCUGAGUCACCGAGGUGGUUGUACAACCAGGGGAAAGAAAAUGAGUCAAGGAAAAUCCUGGAAAAGAUUUACAGAGCAGACGAGAUUGAAGGCGAGAUAAAAGCAAUGAGAGAAGCCGUAGAACAAGAGAAGCAAGAGGAAGGGUUGAUCGGUCAAACUCUUGGAGAGAAAAUGAAGGCUGCUUUCAGCAACGUUGCUGUUCGAAGAGGAUUGUAUGCAGGCGUGACUGCUCAAGUCGCUCAACAAUUCGUUGGCAUCAACACCGUCAUGUAUUACAGCCCAACCAUUGUUCAGUUUGCCGGCAUUGCAUC